AGACCACAGACUGAAUUUCACAACCAAUGGCAGCAUCUCCUAUGUACAGCAAGCCAAUCAGAUCACGUCGAAUACACUGCUCGCCGUGAUGCAAAGCAAUCGCUUCAAGACAUUUUACUGUAAGGUUGGGCAAAAAAGUUCGCUUUUUGUUAUUCUUUACUGAGAACGCUUGAAGGGGAAAAAAUAGGUGGCUCCGCGAAAUCAUUCUUUUGCCCCUUUGAAAAUGCACAACAGAAGACAACACGAGGUCCAAGUUGGAAUGAGAAGGAUGUCAUAGGAACAGAAACUCCCGACAGACAAUAUCGCUGCUCAUGGAUUACUGCGGCUCCCCACAACCGUCGCCGGUGGCACACUUCUCCAUCGGGGCCAUUGCGCACGAGAUGUCUUACGGAACCGCAUCUUCUGUCCCCCAUCCACUGGGAUAUACCUGCUCUCAGCUCAGCCCGUUGCCUUAUACUGGCGCCGUCCAAACCCCCAGUUUAACCGAACCAGGAUCAAAGCCAGAGAGAAGUGAGAUAGUGGGCGGCGGACUGGUGCGCUUCAACGGCAAGGGGAAGAAGAUUCGCCGGCCCAGAACCAUCUACUCCAGCGCGCAGCUACAAGCGCUCAACGGACGCUUCGCGCUGACGCAGUAUCUAGCGCUGCCAGAAAGAGCCGAACUCGCUGCGUCAUUGGGAAUCACACAGACACAGGUUAAAAUAUGGUUUCAGAACAAAAGGUCCAAGUUUAAGAAAAUCAUCAAGCAGGGACGAGGAACCAUUGAAUCCACAACAACGCAAAUAGCUGAACAAGGACUGUCUGCCACAACGCUGCCCACCACUUCGGUGUGGAACUCUUACCUCACGUCCUACGCUGACUCCACCGAGCCAACGAUGGUGUCCUACGUCUCGGAGUACAAUAACUGGUACCAGACAGUCCACCAGGAAGACACACAGCAUACCCAGUUGAUAUGA